AUGUCAUUAGAAUUAGCAAUUAGGCAUGUUGAAAAUAUGAAUGCUGACGUAGAAGAAACUAACAUACUGACUUCAUUAAAGAAGAUGGUAUAUAACGCAAGCUAUGGCACAUCCAAAAAUAUAACUCUGAAUGUAUUUUUGCUUAUUGAUGGAUAGGUUGUUGCUGAUCGAAUUAUUGAAUUGGUUUAAUCUAAUAAUCAAGUACAAACUAGGAUCUACACAUUAGGAAUAUGUCAAGAAUGUAGUUAAUACUUGAUCAAAAGAGUGGUUGAAGUAGGAAAUGGCAAAUAUCAAAUUGUAAGCGAUAAGGAAGAUAUAAACGAGAAAGUGAUUGACCUAUUAUAAGAUUCAUUAAGACUUUUUAUUUACAAGCAUUUAGAUUAGAAUCAAAUUUAGUAAAUUUAGCAUCUAUUAUUCCCAAUCCAGAAUCAAUAGUUUAUUUAAAAGAAAAAUUAGGAGCCUACAAUCUAAGCACUGUAUCCAAUGGAAUAAUAAUAAGAAAAUCUAUAGUUUAAGUUCAAUUGUUUUGAUCCCUAAAAUUAAAAAUAAAUAUAAUAUUCUGUAAGUUUAAGCCUGAAUAAUCUUUAAACAAUAAAUAUUUUUAAAAAUUGA